AUGUCGGGCCUGUUUGUGGCAACGGCCUCCGUCAUUUGGUUCCUCAUCAAAGCCAUCACCACCGUUGUCUGCCUCGCACUCUGGCUACUCUCGCUGCUCGUCCCGACUCGGACCAUUGGCUCCAUCCGCUCAUUGGUAUAUGCGAGCUCGAGAGAGCUAACAGACUUUUGGUCCAUGUGCUGGCUCUGUCUCUUUGCCUCGCUGGGUGAUGCGCUGUUUGUCAUUCCGGCUGCCCUUCUCUCGCUCGCCGUCCUCAUCCGUCUCCCUUUCAUGCCCUCCUUCUCGCGCUUUGGCGACGCCUCGGGCUCCGACUGCUUCUACGACGGCGAACCGCGAUGGAUGAUCUUUCUCAACGGCAUCCACUCGCUGCUGUUUGUCACCAUUGUUCUGCCGUGUCUUGUGAUCCUGGUCUUUGCGCCGUGGCGCUGGCCGCACCUUGCGCACAUCAUCACCUCGAUCGAGUGGGGCGUCGACGACAACGAUGAGGGCUUUGCGGGCGUCUUUCUCAUCUUUGUCCAGGCCGGCUGCGUGCCGUUUGACUAUUUGGUGGGGGUGCUAGGCGGCGUCGCUGCUGUCUUAUCGCCGUGGCGCUGGUCCCGCCUCCGGCGCGAGGUGACCGACGCAGUGCGUGGAUGGGAGGCCCUUGGCUCCGAGAACGGGCCAAUGAGUCCGGGCAACGCCGGUCGCUCGUUUGUUCUUGGUGCGUUUAUUGUCUUUCGCGCCUUUGCAGACUACAUGCUCCUCAUUCCUGCAGCGCUUCUGGUUCUCGGCGGGCUCGGCAUCCGGCUUGUCCUCGCCAUCCGGAGCUUUGUGCGGCUUCUUGCCGCCCGCGGCGCCAGUAUCGGCGACUUUGCGCUUCACGAGCUAGUCUGCGGCUCACUACUCUACCUUCCUUUGGACGCCUUUCUCAUAGCCGUCCUUGUUCUUGUCCUCGGCUUUCCGCACCGUUGGCGCCAGAUUUGGCACGGCCUCGCCGCCGCCCGCCGCAGCUCCCGCGAGAACAUCGGGGACUCGAACGAGAUGGACGGGUUGGACGGGUCAAACAGCAGCCAGGUAUUCUUCCUCUCAACCUCGAUCCACGGAUUUGCGCUCUCCACCCUGUGCGUCAUGGCGGCCGACCUUGUCGUCGCCUUGCCUGCGCUCUGCAUUCUGCCGACCCACCACUCGUACCUCGCGUACCGUGAGUGGCGUGAGAAAGGUACCCCAAGCCAUCCGGGGUGGUACAGCUACGACGCCCAUCAUAUCAUUGUCAAGCACUUUUUUGUCCUCAUUCUUGAGCUGGUGUGUGUCCUCCCGCUCCUCGUCCUCCUCUUUGUCACUGUCUACCGCGCCGUCUUUAUGAUCAAGGCUAUCCGUGCCAUCAAGGCCGCGGCACCCGACGGUAAGCUCCCGCCGUUCACCAUCCACAAACAGGUCGGCAUCCACGCCGCACUUCUCGGCGUCGAGAUCUUUGUCCUGCCGCCCUUGAUGCUCCCGCUGGUGCUGACCGGAUACCGGCUGCGAUUCCUCCGGGCUAGCUACGACCCAGACCGCAUGGGCGCGCUCAUUGUGGCGGUUGCCACCCAGUUUGGCGCCCUCUGCGCCGAUCUGCCGUUUGCAUUACUCGCCCUUGUCAGCUGCCUCGCCUUCUACCGCAUCCCCAACAUGAUCUCCGGCUUUCUGGCCAUUGUUCGGCUCCCUCACUCUGCGCCGCUUCGCAGCCUCCGGAUGAAGGUCGCACUCCGGGGCCUGGCGCUUGAUGCGCUCCUCCGCCUCGGUCUCGACCUGCUCUCGCUCCCGCUCCUUGCGCUUACUCUGGUCUCGCUCUACCGAAUUCCGGUCUGGAUCCACGACCUGCACGCUGCGCACAAGGCGCGCGCCCGCUACCGCGUGCUCUACCCGGACGCGCCACAGAGGAUCAGUGCGAGCAUGGUGCCGGGCUCGGAGCUCUCGGGCGCCGACGACGCGCAGCUCACGCUCUCCUGGGUCGAGGUCGAGUACGUGUCAGACUACCGCCAAGUCGCAAGUGUCGAGGCUACGCCCAUGGUGCCGUCAAUGAUGUCGCGGCUGGCGGCGACAAACGCGACUCAGGGCGUCCUUGUGCUCGAGGAGCUCGCAUGCCUGCUUCUGGCCGUUGUCCUGGUCUUUGUCCCGUGGCGGUUUUACCAAGCGCUUGCGCUCCUCUCGCUCCGCGACGACCAGACCUGGCGGCUCGACGUCAUCCGGGCUUGGAAGCUCGGCUGGCAGGCUGAGUGGAUCCGGGAAUGGAACCCGUCGGCGUUGCGCAAGCGCAUCUCGUCUGUCUUCCACCAGCGACUGCUGCCGGCGACGGUAACCCGUGUCUCACACCAUCUUGGUCAGCUCCGCUCGUCGGCCGACGUCGAGGUGAGCAUCACCCGGCAGCACGCGGCCGAGCUCGAGCGGCUGGGCGACGCGGUCGGCGCGGUGCUAGCAACCGACCUCCGUGUGGCGCACGAAGCCGCCUGGGCCACCGCCGCCAAGGUGUACGAGGCCAAGGCCUGGGGCUGCCGCGAGUAUGCCACGAUUGAGGCGGCCACCGGUGUGGUGGUCGGCGGCGAUGCCGCGGUGGCCGACGCCAAAGCCGACGGCCUCCGUCAGGCCUACGAGGAUGCCAUGGUAACCAAGAUGCAGGCGUCGAUGGAAGCUGUUGAUGCAGCGUCGGCGGCGUUCCGGGGCCACAUGGUCGGUCACGCCAAGUACGUUGGUUCACAGUUUUGCGUCGGCCUCUUGCCGGCCAUGUUUGCGCGGACGAGAAACUCGCCCGGCUCCAACCUUGUGCUUGUCGGCGUCUCGCUCCUCACCGCGAUCCUGGACCUCCUCGCCCUGGCAUGCUCGCUAGUUGUUCUCGGCUCGGUGGUGAGGGCAAUUCCGCUCAUCGGUGAAGUCCGCGCCCGGCUCAAGUACGGGCUCACGGUCCGGACCGCGGUUUGGCACCAGCUCCUCGAGCUUGGCAUUGAUCUGCUGCAUGUUGCUGGCUUUGGAAUAUGCCUAGCAUCGAUCAUCCAGUCGCACGGGGUUCUGUACUCGCUCAGCGACGCGCUCUUCUACGAGCGGUCUGUGGCAUCCGCGCGCGAGGCCAUCCAGCUCCAUCUGCUCCUGCUCCUGCAUCCGAUCGGCUGGAUUUACGGUAUGUUCUGGCUCCUCAUGGGCUCGUGGCAGACUUACAUUGCUACGUUGGUGGGUACGCUCUGGGGCCCGCUCGCGCCAAUGGAGCUCUUUGCCAAGCUCAUGCCGUGCUGUGGCGAAGGCGAGUUCUCGCUCUGCCUCGCCUUUCUCUUUGGCCUCACCCUCUGGGUUGUUCCGCUCGCGGCGCUGUACUCGGGCAUGGGCUCUGGAUCCGCCGACGCCAUGCACGACUUUUACCCGACCUUUGUGGGCCUUGCCCUCGCCGGCCUAUUUGUGGUUAUGGUCGCUGGUGUGCUCUUCUCGUUUGCAUCAGAAAAGGCCAAGCCGUUCUCGUGGCAGCCGCAGUGGCUCCUCAUCCCGAACCUCGCCAACGUGCUUGCAGUCAGCAGUGUCGGCUUUGAGCUCGCACAGCUCGCCGGCCUCGCGCUCCUCCUGUGGAACCCGGUGCAGGCGGCAUCGCAGGUUGCGCCGGCAACUGCAGGCGUCGGACAUUGGAUCGGGCUUGGUCUGGUCCGACUCUUUGUGCCGAUUGACUCGGCUGGCGGCCUCACGAUGGCGCUCGUCCUUGUCGGGCUCUUCUAUCUGGUCAUGUCUGCGGCGAUGGUCGCCGAGUUUGUGCUCGGCAUGGUCGACGAGGGCGUCAUCUCCGAGUCUGUGCUCUGGCGUUCGCUCAUUGCCAUGUUUGGCGGCCCGGGCUUUGUGUACAUUGUUUUCUCGCUUCUCAGCGAGAUGGCGUGUGUGUGGGAUGGCACCGCGCUCGUCCUCAACUACGAGGUGACCGGGCUGCCCGGCGCGGCGCGGGUGUGCUUUCGCGACGGGCACAUGGGCCGGGCGGGGCUGGCGCUCAUCUCGCUCACCUUUUUCGUUCCACUUGCCUCGAUGCUCCUGACCCAUUUUACCGACGAGACGUCGCCGCAGCUGACGUUCCAGUACCGCGGCUCGUACACGCUCUCCUGGAUUCUCACCAAGUUUGUGGUGCUUGUGGUGGUGGUCUUUGUGGGCGGCGGCGGGAACUCUGCGGCCAAGGGUGGCGAUGCCCAGGCGAGCGCGGCGCUUGUCGCCGGCAUCUGCAUCCUGGCGUUUGCAGCGUUCUCGGGCGUGUACACCCUGUGUGGAACGCCCGCAACGCUGCCUGGCGCGCACGCAGUCCGAACUUGUGGCAUCGGCAUGGUGGGCAGCCUGUUUGUGGCGGCGUCGCUUGGAGCGCGGGCCAACAAGGCGCAUGGUGUCGCGCCGCUGGCGGUGCUUGCCAUAGGGUGCGGCGUCUUUGUGGCCGGCGCCGUGGUGUGGUACAAGCGGGUCAGGGCCAAGGCUAGGCGUGACGACGACGUGGCGGCCAUUGAGCGGGUGCGAAUCGGAGUGACGCGGCUGUGCGAACUGGAGCGGCGGGCAGUGAUCCGCAACCUGGUGGCGCCGAGCUGGCGGACAGGCAUGCGCAAGAUGUUCCGGGUGCUAACCCAGCAGGCACGCGAGGACGGCGAUUGGGUCCUUCUCCAGCGCAUCACCAUUGCACUCGAGGAGAACAUGUUUUGCUACUUUGACGGCCCGCACCUGCGCGAGCGGUGGCAGAUGGCUGACAACUCUGAGCCGGGCGUCCUCACCGCAGGCCGGGUCAACGUCUUCCGUGAGCGCUACGGGCAGUGGUCCGGCGUCCACACCAUGGAUCCGUGCUAUCCGAGGCCGGUGCGGACGGUCUACCGCGAAGACUGGCGCCGCCUGGUACACGAGCCGGGGCUCCAGAGCGGCGGGUCUGAUGGCGUGGCCUCGGACACCUGGUGCAUCGGCAUGACUCUUGACGAGCUCACGAGGUAUGAGGCCCACCUCGAGAGGGUGGAGGCGUGGGUCGAGACCGGCGAACGGGCGGCGACUGACGCCCUGUUUGGCCUCCACCAUCUCGACGACGUGGCGCUUGCGCCCGGAGCGUGUGCGUCGCGAAUGCUUGCGCUCUCGGAGGGUGCAAUCGAGCCGCUUGCGCCGUUUGAGCGGGUCGGCGACCAGCCGGGCGUCUUUGCGCUGCUGCCCGCGCGCGUGGUGGUGCCGGUGGUGCCGGAGCCCGGUGCGCCGCCGAUUGUUUCGGUCUCGGUCACGCUCCAUGCGCGACCGGAUCGAGCGUCGGCCCACGGCAUGCAGCCGAUCUGGGUCGGCCUGGAAGCAACCGGGAUGGUCAACGGCACAUGGACAACGAGGACGUGGGGUAUCGAGGUAUCGCUCUGGUUCGGAGACGAGUCGGCCCCGAGCAGGCAAGCCGAGAAUGCCGAACAAAGUCCGGGCAACGAGAAGAAGAGCGACCGCAUCGAGGUCGCUAAGAUGAUCGGCAGCUAUUUCAUGCGCAAGUUCCUGGAUCGGCCAACGAGCGAGGAAGAGCAAGAGGAGGCGAGCGCCAGUGCUAGCUCCGGGCACAACUCGUCGUCGGACACCGAGUCCGGUGGAGUCUAUCAGGCAUCAUCGCUUGUUGAGCAGAACGAGAGCUCGAGCUCGAGCGCGAGCUUAAGCUCGAACGGCAGCAGCUACUCGUCAUUCACCUCGUACUCUGACGACGGACGGCCUGCGGUGACGCCCGGGCCCGACUGGGUCGAGCUGAGCGUCGACGUCGACCGGCCGCUGUUCGACUCGUCGAUGAUGUUCGUGGAUGUGGUGCUCGAGCCGCGUGGUGCGAUUGUGGGGACUGACGUGUACGUGGGACUUCAUUGA